AUGAAUUUUGUAUCUUACAAUGAUAAUUGUAGUAUAUACAUUGCAUAUAAUCAAAGUGAACUAGUUUAUACACCACCAAUUUAUAUUUUUUUAGUUGUUCUUAGUCCUAUAGCAUUAAUAAUUAGUUGUUUAUCAUUAACUGUAUUAACACGACCACAAGCAAUACGUUUAGGUUCAAUGCGUAUUAAUUUAAUUACAUUAACAAUAUUUGAAGUAUUAUUAAAUUCUAUGAUAUUUCUAAUAUCAUUAUUUUAUACAACUAAUUUUCCAAAUGAUGAACAAAAUUUAUAUAAAACUAUUGUACAUAUUACAUGUUUUAUAUUAAUUGGUGGUGCAUUAUGUUCAAGAAAUUGGACUAUUACAUUAAUUUCAUUAGCACGUUGUGUUGCAAUUACAAAACCAAUGAUUUCACGUAAAACAUAUUCACAUUUAUUCCAACCAAAAUGGAUGGCUAUAUUUACUAUUAGUUGUAUUUUAACAGGAUUUAUAUUAAGUGCAUUAAGAUUAUUUGAAAUGCAUAUUGAUAUUUGUUUAAAUCAAAAUAAUAGAAUUAUGUUAAUACCAAGUUCAGAAUGGCGUAUUGUAAAAGAUUUAUUUUUUACAUUUCAAUCAGCUAUACCAAUAUUGAUUGUAGUAUUAACAACUGUAAUAAUGUUGAUUGCAUUAUUUCGUCAUAAAUUACCAAAUUUAAAUCACCAUAACGUAUCAGAUAGAAUGACCAGACGUUUGGAAACAAAUAAUAGCAAUAAUAAUAAAACUGAGCAUAAUAGUAUUAUUAAUACUAAUAAUACUGCAAAUAGCAAUAAUAUUGUAAGUAUUAAUCGUAGUUAUUCAUGUACAACAAAACAUGAUUAUACACAUACAAGACAACAACAAAUUUUAUUAGAAUAUAAAUUAAACGAACGCCGAUUACAUAAUCAGGCUAGAGCUACACGUAUGAUCACAUUAUUAACAGUCAUCUUUAUAUUAUUUGAAGCACCAGUAUUUUUUUGUGUAACAUUUGAAUAUAAAUUUGAUCGUGUACAAUUUGAUUUAGUGACAAAUGCAUUAAAAAGUUUAGUUGUUUUAGAUUCAUGUGCUAAUGUGAUUAUUUAUUUAAUAAUGAGUAGACGUUUUCGUCAAGAAUCUGUAAGACUAUGGAGAUAUGCAAGAAGACAAACAAGACAAGUGUUAACUAAUCAAUCAGAGGUGAUAUUUUGA